AUGAAGGAAACUCAAUACUCAAUCCCUAUAAACGCCGAGUUCGGAAACCAAAACAAUAGUAGUAAUUAUAAGCAUGAAUUCCAACGAAAAUACUCUCUCAAGAGUGGUAUCGACCGCCCUUCUCUCCACACUCUGUCUACCUCUCCAAGGGGAUCAUUCUAUGAAAUCAAACAACUGCCAUCUGCAUUGUCUUCAGCUGCCACCUGUGCCUCCCCCUUUCCUAUCCAGAAUGAUUCUAUAGGAUCGCUCAUGAGGAAGACCGUCGCUUCCGCUGCUUUGUCUCGUAAUGAUGAACUGGAAGACUCGGAAAACUCCUUCUUUAUUGCUGACCUUGGAUGUAUUCAACGUCAGUACUUCCAAUGGAAGACUAUGCUCCCUCGUGUAGAGCCAUUCUAUGCCGUCAAAUGCAACCCUGACCCUACCAUCGUAAAGACAUUGGCUUCAGUAGGUGCCAACUUUGACUGUGCUAGCAAGGCUGAAAUCCAAACCGUCUUGGAUAUGGGUGUCGAUCCAUCUCGCAUCAUAUACGCCAACCCCUGUAAACAACUCUCCUACAUCAAAUGGGCCGCAACGCGAAAUGUCAACAUGGUGACAUUUGAUAAUGCAGAUGAACUAGUUAAAAUUAAAGCUGCUCAUCCUCAUUGUAAAGUUGUAUUACGUAUCUUGGCUGAUGACUCGCACUCAGUUUGUAAAUUUGGUGUCAAGUUUGGUGCUUCGCAAGAAGUCGUACCUCUCUUGCUCCAAACGGCUCGGGACUUGGACUUGGACUUGGUUGGUGUAUCCUUCCAUGUUGGAUCGGGCUGUGGAAGUGCUACCGCCUUCAGUGACGCCGUCGCCUUGGCUAGAAGCGUCUUUGAUGUUGCUGAGAAUUAUGGAUUUAAUCUCUCUAUUCUCGACAUUGGUGGUGGUUUCCCCGGUCGUGUCACUGACGGAGUGACCUUCCCUGAAAUCGCAACGGUCUUGCGUCCAGCUCUAGACACUUACUUCCCUGCUGAAAUGGGUGUCCGUAUUAUUGCUGAACCAGGUCGUUACUUUGUAUCGUCUGCCUACACUCUCGCUGUAAAUAUUGUAGCUCGUCGUGUAGUCCAGCACCAGGUCAUCGCUCCUGCCUCGGAUUCGUUUGCCGUACCAAACACGGACGGUAUGUUGGUUGAUGAAAAUGUCAACCCAAAUGUCACUGUUGAUGAACAUCCUACAUUUAUGUAUUAUGUCAACGACGGCAUGUAUGGAAGCUUUAACUGCUUGACCUUUGACCAUGCAGUGGUUACUCCUCGCGUCUUGUCCAAGAAUGGUGUCUAUCUCUACGACGCUACUCCCAAGGAAGAAGUCUAUGGCUGCAGUAUCUGGGGUCCUACUUGUGAUUCCAUUGACUGCAUUAGCAAGAGCUCCUUCUUGCCUCAACUUGAUAUUGGUGACUGGCUCUACUUUGAAAACAUGGGAGCAUAUACUUGUACUGCUGCAUCUACCUUGUGA